GAUAUGGAAUGUUUUGGUGGAGAAAGAUAAAGAUACAUUGUUCAAAAGAUAUAAAAACAUGACAAAUUCUGAAGCCUGUAUAUCGAUAUGAAGAUGUGAUACACUCACUCACAACUAUGUUUGAUUCUGCAGUUCCAAUCAUCGAUUUCCAGCCAUUUCUUGAUGGUACAGGAAAAACAGAAACUGGUCUGAAGAUGGUUCAAGUGAUGAGGGAUGUUGGUUUCAUGUACAUCAUCAAUCAUGGGAUCGAAAUAAAUGAUCAAAAGCGUCUCUUUGAAUGGAGCAAGAAAUUUUUCAAAAUGGAUAUCACACAGAAACAAAAAUGUCCACACCCUAUAAAUGGUGCACAUCAUCGUGGUUGGUCUUCAAUUGGUAAAGAAAAAGUUGUUCAAAUGGUUUUCGAUGAAGCAAAAAUCGAGGAACUCAGAAAAGUCCCAGAUGUGAAGGAGUCAUUUGAUCUCGGGAACCCGAAUAAUUCAUAUUAUCCUAAUAUUUGGCCAAAAGAUGAUGAUAUUCCUGGGUUUAAAGAAUACUGCUUAUACUACUUCAAAGUUUGUGAUGAAACUAGUAAAAAAAUUCUUAGGGCAAUAUCUUUAGGGUUAGGUUUGGAAGAAGAGUAUUUGGUCUCUUUCCAUACAGCUUCUGACAACCAACUAAGACUUUUGCACUAUCCUUCAACUGAUGAAUUAUCUUUGAAGAGUGGUAAAUCUGAAAGAAUAGCUGCUCAUACUGAUUUUGGAACAUUGACAAUACUGUUACAAGACGAAUGUGGUGGAUUACAAGUGGAAGAUCCCAAAAACCCUGGAGUCUUUUCACCUGCACCUUAUGUUCCAGGAUCUUUGGUUGUUAAUACAGGAGACUUUUUGAUGAGAUGGUCAAAUGAUGUGCUAAAAUCCACUCUUCAUAGAGUUACUGCUCCUCCUGUUGACUCCUCAACAGGAGUUUCCAAAGAACGCUUUUCGAUUCCUUACUUUGUCUCUGCAGAUAAGAACCGUGUAAUUGAUGCUCUCCCUGGCACUUUUUCAGAGGAGAAUCCAAAGAAAUACGAGCCUAUCACAGCUGGAGAUUAUCUCGAUAGAAGAUUAAAUGCAACCUACUAA